UGGGGCGGAAAAGCCGUCACACCCUGAACUUCAAGUCUUCAGGCUACUACAGACCAUGAUCGUACACCUCCAUUUCCAAAACAUGCGGAGGCACAAAGGACGUGCUGGGAGCUGGGUGUCUCCUUAGUGGUUGUUCAGUAUCUCAGUUUUCCUUUUUUAAAAGUUUAAAAAUAUGAAGGCGCCUGGAGUCCUCAUUACUGAUUAACUGCUCAGCUGUUAGCACAAGAUCUCAGUUUAACAGGAUUCACAAGAUAAAUAGCCCAGUACCCCUCCUGAUCUUCCCAUCAGCAUGGAGGGAUUUGUUCUCUGCCUGGGGAUCCUAUUUGUGUUCAGUUUCCCAGAGGUUUCACACAGCCAACUAUACACUCUGAUCACCCCUAAUGUUCUGCGGGUAGAGAGCGAAGAGAAGAUAGUAGUGGAAGCUCAUGGUCUCACAACUCCAAGUGAGGUUACAAUCACCAUAUACAAUUUCCCUCAGAAGAGAAACUAUUUAUACCAAGUCAAAACCAGCCUGAAUUCUGAGAAUGGGAUGAUGGGAACAGCGGUAAUAAAGGUUCCUGCCAAAGACAUGAAAGUAAAUUCCAAGCAAAACCAGUAUGUGUUUGUUGAGGCAAAAUUCCCUCAGCAAAAGCUGGAGAAAAUAGUCUUGGUCAGUUUCCACAGUGGCUAUAUCUUUAUCCAGACAGAUAAAACUACCUACACACCUGGAUCUUCAGUCUUAUUUCGCAUCUUCACUAUAGGACAUAAACUAGAGCCACUGCAUAAGAACCUUAUUACACAACUUGUGACCCCAGAGGGCAGCAUGGUACAACAGAAUCUCAUCUCCUUUUUCAUGUCAAGCAUCACCAGUCAGUCAUUCAAUUUACCAGAAGAAAACAAUCUGGGCACCUGGAAGAUUGUGGCCUGGUAUAAUGACACUCCCCAGAAGAACUUCAGUGCACAAUUUGAGGUUAAGGAAUACGUGUUGCCGAGCUUUGCAGUCACCUUGGAGCCCUCUGAGAAGUUUGUCUGCAUCAACGAUAACAAGGAUCUUAAAGUUUCUAUCAAUGCAAGGGCCCUCAAUGGAAAAGAAUUGUACGGCACCGCUUUUGUCCUCUUUGGGGUGAAGGUGGAUGAUAGGAAGAAGAGCAUCUCGCAAUCACUUAAGAGAGUCCUGAUAAUUGACGGGGCUGGAGAGGCAGUGCUAACCAAGGCAAUGCUACAGGCUCAAUUUCCCAACCUCAGUGAGCUCAUUGGCCAUUCUAUCUACAUCUCUGUGACAGUUCUAACAGAUUCUGGCACUGAGACAGUAGAAGAAACAAAUAUUAACAUUGUGGCGUCUCCUCCAUAUGAGAUCCACUUCACAAAUACUCCCAAGUACUUCAAACCGGGGGUGCCUUUUGAUCUCAUGGUCUCCGUCACAAACCCUGAUGGGUCCCCAGCUGCCCAAGUCCCAUUAACGGUCAAAGUCAGAGGACUACAGGAUGCUACGCUGAUUCACACUCUUGCAGAUGGGACCGCGAAGUGGAAUGUGAACCCAGCUGCGGAUGCAACACAGUUACCCAUCUCUGUGAAAACAGCCCUGGCGAACCUACCAGAGAACCAGCAGGUCUCUAAAUCCAUGGUGGCUAAAGCCUAUCAGACACAAGAAGGAUCUAAAAACUAUCUCCAUUUGCUGGUCUCGACUACCCAGGUCAAACCUAGAGACAAGUUACUUGUGAGUUUCCACCUGAAAACCGGUAGCCCAGAUGGUCUGAACCAGAUUCAAUACAUUACUUACCUGAUUCUGACUAAAGGGACGAUCAUUCAUGCUGGAAGACUAGCAAGGCAGGUUGGAAAAACUGUGGUGACUAUGUCCUUGUCCAUCACUCCAAAUCUCAUGCCUUCUUUCCGCAUUGUGGGUUACUAUCACAUAAGACAGAAGGAGAUUGUGGCAGAUUCAGUCUGGGUAGAUGUCCAGGGAACCUGCAUGGGAACGCUGGUCAUCAAAGAGGCGACCAACGUGGGCAAUAGAAACUCUGAACCAGGACAUAUGGUGAAAAUAAAAGUAGAAGGUGAUGCUACAGCACAUAUCGCACUGGCGGCUGUGGACAAAGCAGUCAAUUUGCUGAACAAGAAACAUAUGAUUACACAAACUAAGAUCUGGGAUGCUGUUGAGAAUAGCGACAUUGGUUGCACAGCUGGCAGCGGUAAGAACAUUCUGGGCGUCUUUGCAGAUGCUGGACUGGCCUUGGUGACAAAUGUUAAGAUUUCAACACCUACAAGAACAGAUCCACAGUGCCCCCAGCCAGCAGUGCGCAGGCAUCGCUCUGUUCAGCUCUCUAAGACAAAGCAAGUGGCCUGGUACCAGAAUGAGCAGCUGAGAAGAUGCUGUGAAGAUGGGACGUAUGAGAACCCCAUGGGGCACAGCUGUGAGAAGCGGGCUCAAAACAUUCAGGAGGAAGAGUGCAAAAAGAUCUUCCUCACCUGCUGCCAGAUGACACAGGAGAAACACCAGAAGCAUCACCUGGAAACCUCAAGUGACUUCAUCGAUGAUGAUGAUUUCCUACCAAAUGACGAGAUCGCAACAAGAAGCAUUUUUCCAGAGAGCUGGUUAUGGCAAAUUGAACAGAUGACUAAGCCGCCAAACCAAGAGGGAAACUUUCCCAAGACGAUACAUAUUUUCCUGAAGGAUUCCAUCACAACCUGGCAAGUGCGGGCUGUGAGCGUCUCAGAGACCACAGGGAUCUGUGUGGCUGACCCCUAUGAGAUCACGGUACUGAAAAAAUUCACCAUUGACCUCCGGCUGCCCUACUCCGUAGUGCGGAAUGAACCAGUGGAAAUCCAGGCUAUUUUUUACAGCUACCUGGAGCAAGACAUCAAGGUCCGCAUGGAGCUGAUGUAUAAUCCGGCUUUCUGCAGCCCGUCCUCUUCCAAGGCAAACUACCGGCAGAUAUUCAAUUUGAAAGCCAGGUCUUCCCGGGCCUUGCCAUUUGUGAUUGUCCCACUGCAGCUGGGAUUCCAUAACCUGGAAAUCAGUGCAGCUGUGUGGCACUCCAAUGAGGCUGAUCAUGUGAAAAAGAAGCUGAAAGUCGUGCCUGAAGGGAGGAAAGAGACAAAAACGAUUGCGUCCAUGCUCUUGGAUCCUGCUAGGAAAGGAAUAAAUGGCGUCCAGGAAGUGAUGGUGGGCGCUGCAGAUAUAGACGACAUGGUUCCCAACACGGAGUCGCAGACCAGAAUCAUAUUCCAAGGAAAGCCUGUGCUCUACCUGACAGAAGAACCCUUUGACGGCACCCGCCUUAACCAAUUCAUUCUGAAACCUCAUGGCAACGGUGAGGUUAACAUGAAGAAUAUGUCCACAACAGUCAUCGCCACCCUCUACCUGGACCACACGGAGCAGUGGGAGAAGAUUGGCAUGGAUCUGAGGGUGGAAGCCCGCAAUCUGAUCCUGCAAGGUUACAUGCAGCAGCUAGUUUUUAAAAAACCUGACCACUCCUAUGCAGCUUUCCAAGACAAGCCUUCCAGUACAUGGCUGACAGCAUACGUAACAAAGGUCUUUGCUAUGGCUAGCCACCUGGUGCCUAUUCCUUCUGAAGUAAUUUGUAAUGCUGGGCACUGGCUGUCCCUGGAAAAGCACAACUCUGAUGGGACUUUCAAAGAAGAUUCUCCUGUGAUCCAGAAAGAGAUGGUGGGAGGUUACCAGGGUGCUGAGCCAGAGGUCUCUUUAACGGCGUUCGUUCUCAUUGCAAUGCUAGAGUCCAAAGAUAUCUGCCAGAAUCUGUUCGUUAGGUUUCACAAGAGUAUCCUUGUAGCUGGAGAAUACUUGUCCUCAAGGUACAGCUCUCUGACAAGGCCCUACACCGUGGCUAUAACAUCCUAUGCAUUAGCACUGAUGGGCAAACUGCCUGAUGCAAAGGAGCUUAUGGCAGCUUCAAAAGAUGGAAAUCGUUGGGAGGAACAAGACAACUCCAACUUCAACACUGAGAGCACCUCGUACGCUCUCCUAGCCUUGCUGCGUUUGAAGAGGUUUGAUUUGGUUGGGCCCGUAGUCAGAUGGCUGAAACAGCAGGCAUACUAUGUAGAGAGUUAUGACUCUAUAGCUACCACGGUGAUGUUGCAAGCUCUUGGGCAGUAUCAUAUAGAUGUGCCUCUCCAUGAAGAUCUAAUGUUGGAUGUGUCUUUUCUCCUACCUAGACGUGCUAAAAAGCUCACAUACAGAAUUGCUUAUACAAAUGCCCAUUUGACCAGAAAAGUUGAGACCAAAUUCAAUGAAAACUUCACCAUCACAGCAGAAGGCUAUGGACAAGUGACAUUAACUGCGGUGACUGAUUAUAAUGCAAGGAUACGGGAGGAUGAAUCCCAGUGUAAGACAUUUGACUUGAGCGUGUCUGUCCAGGAAGCCCAAGGUGCUAAGAAGGCAGAUGGAACUCUGCGCUCCAUCGGCUUUGAAAUCUGCACAAGGUUCCUUGGUGCAGUUAAUGCCACUAUGUCCGUUCUUCGUGUCUCCAUGCUCAAGGGUUUCUUACCAGACACAGAGGAUCUUACAAGACUUUCCCAAGGGGUCGAUAGAUACGUUUCCUGGUAUGAAAUUGACACAACCCUGUCAGACCAAGUCAGCCUCAUUAUCUACCUGGACACGGUUUCUCAUGUGGAGUCAAGUUGCUUGAGAUUUAAAGCUCACCAAUUUUUAGAAGUCGGUCUGGUUAAGCCUCUAUCUGUCACAGUCUAUGAGUAUUACGCUACAGAUGCCCGCUGCACAAAGUUCUACCAGCUGCCUAAACAGAGCAGCCUCCUCAGCAGCUUCUCCCACAAGGAGGUUCAUCAAUGCAGUGAAGAAAACUGCUCCAAGCAGGGCCAGCUGAAUGGCUCAGUCACUCAGGAGAUGCGGAUACAGGAGGCCUGUAAACCUGGAGUGGAUUACGUGUAUAAAGCCAGGCUCAUUAAAACUGAAGAAUCAAGCAGUUAUGACAAGUACACAAUGGAAAUUUUGGAAACCAUUAAAGCAGGAACUGAUGAAAAUCCAGAAGGAAAAACACGCGUGUUCAUCAGCCAUGCAAACUGCAGGCAGGUUCUGAAACAAGAACUUAACAACGACUAUUUAAUCUGGGGCCUCUCCAGUGAUUUAUGGACCUCUGGAGCCAACAUCUUCUAUGUCAUUGGCAAAGACACUUGGAUGGAGAAGCUGCCAAGUGAGAGCAAAUGCCAACAGGCAGAUUUCAAGAACCUGUGCAUAGAAUUUGUGGAGUUCUCCCACACCAUCAUGGUAUUCGGCUGCCCAGCGUAAACAUGGAAAUGGCCAUUGUACUACCUGAGCAGGAUGAUUUGAGCUGAGCUAGAGCAUAACACUUGGUGCGGCAGUCAUGAGAUUGCAGGCACUCUGAAAUAUCCUCUGCCCCAUUUGGGGCCUCCCUCUUUGCUUUCUUAUUGUUUUUCUACUCGUAUUCAGUGACAAACAUUUACAUUAACACAUAGUAACAGUUGCUUGCUCUACGUUGUCCCCUUGAAGAAUGCUGAGUUGAGCAAAAAUCAAACGUCUGAAAACCA